AUGAAGUACUUUGCCAUCCUCGCUUUCGCCAUUGGCGUUCUCGCCAUUCCUCAGGAUGCCUCCGUCACCAGCGCUCCCACGUCGUCUGCUAUCCCUGGGCUCACGCCCUCUGUGAGCUGCGCAAUGGCAUGCAAGGCUGGAGAUGUCGACUGCCAGGCCGCGUGCUUGGGCAACGCCCGCCCCAACGCUUCCCAGGCGAUCGCAACCAACGAAUGCGCCGCCAAGUGUGAUCAGGGCUCCGGCUCGACUGAGGAUACAAAAGCAUUUGCGAAGUGCGUCGACGCCUGUAUCAACAGCCUCUUCCCCAGCAGCCAGACUGCCUUUGCUCCAGGUGGUGCCGCUGCCUCGAACGCUGCGAGCGCAUCGGGCACCAACGCUGCCAACCCCACUGCUUCUGCUGGUUCCCGCGCAACCAACUCUGCUUCCGGCACUGGCGCCAGCAGCCCUCAAUCGACUGGCGCUGCCGAUAGCAACUCGGCUCGUAUGGCUGGUGCUGGUCUUGCUGGUCUCCUGGCCAUCUUCGCUUUGUAA